CCAGUAUAUAAACACAGUGAGCGCGUAGUUUAAGCAUCGAGUUGAAAAACCAAACGAACGAAACGCAGCACAUCUUGUAAUCGUGUCUUUCGAAAUUUCGGAGUGAAUUUCAAAUAUUAGUUACGAGAAAAUCUGUGAUUUUAAGUGAGUUGAGUGAGAAGAAAAGCAUCUAUUAUCCACAAUGAACGGAGGAUUUAAAUACAUCUUUGCAGCUCUAAUAAUUGGAAACGCGUUUGCUGAAGAAUGUCAAAAAUCUCAAGAAAACGUAGGUAACAAACUUCUAGACCAGACAUUUGGGAUGGCACUGACUCCAAACGACAUCCUGACCAACAUUCUGUCACCGUUCCAUCACUUCCAACCAUUCCUAUCUCCUUUCGCAAUGCACGAUUAUUUCCGACCUUGGAGACAAUUGGCUUCGCUGUCCAAAGACUUGGGAUCCACGAUCAAGUCUGAUAAGGAUAAGUUCCAAGUGAAUUUGGAUGUCCAGCACUUUUCGCCGGAGGAGAUCUCAGUGAAAACCGCCGAUGGGUAUGUGGUGAUUGAAGCGAAGCAUGAAGAGAAGCAGGACGAACAUGGCUUCGUGUCCAGGCAGUUUGUGAGAAAGUACACUUUGCCUGAAGGAGCUGAAUCGGAGAAUGUGGUGUCUGAAUUGUCCAGCGAUGGUAUCUUGACGGUCACUGCGCCGAGGAAGGUGGUGGAUGAUAAGGGAGAAAGGGUGGUCCCUAUCACGAAGACAGGGCCAGUUCGUCAGGAGCCGAAGAAGGAAGCCGAGGAAGGCUCGUGCCAAGCACCGGGGCAAUCUUGUAAUAAGAAGUAGAUUACGGGUGUAGCUCGUAAACAAUUAAGUUCCUAGUCGCGUUAUGUAUAAAGUAAACAUUUACCUAAGACUGAUUUAAAUUUAAU